AUGCAGAAAACAGUCCUGGUUCAGGGGGACAAUGAGAGACUUUUACACAUUCAGGGGGUCAUCAAAGAACUGCCGACACCUCACUUCAGGACUCUGGAGUACCUUACUAAACACCUGGCCCACCUUGCCACCUUAAGUACGACAACAAACAUGCAUACCCGUAACCUGGCCCUGGUGUGGGCUCCAAACCUAUUAAGAUCUAAAGACAUUGAGGCGUCAGGUACUAAUGGAGACAUGGCCUUCCAAGAGGUGCGGAUACAACAGUCAGUGGUUGAGUUUAUUCUGAACCACAGAGAGGAGAUCUUCAGCGGUUCGGCCCAAAUAAAACCCAAAGAAGGACCAAGUUUGAAGUGUGAGGAGACCUACGCCAUGCUCCCAAUCAGCGGCCAGUGUGGGCCGAUGAAGCUGAUGAGCCUAGAAGAAGCCCAGGCCCGCUCCUUGGGUCCAAACCACCCGGUGCACAGAGAACGUCAGCGAGAGAACAGCCUGCCUAACACCAGCACUGCCACGCUCUACCACACCGUCAUAGACAUAUCAGACAGCAAGAGAAAGUUUUCUGGGAAAUCCAAGAAAUGGAAGUCCAUCUUCAACUUGGGAAAGUCUGUGGAAAGGGGAAAACUGAGCCGGAAUGGAAGUGUGUUCAUAAGAGCACAAGGGACCGAAAAGGCAGCUCUUCGUCCAUCCAGGAGCAUGGAGUCCUUAUGCUCCUUACCAACAGAUGAUGACAGAACAGGAAACAACAGCCCAGCUGGUGGAUCUGGCAGCCUUUUUGGUCAGGAUGUGAAAUCCAGAACGCUGGGAUCUGACUUGCUCUAUGACCUGAGCGAACAUGACCAGAGCUGGGAGUAUAAGGAGACAAAAUCUGACGGGGCAACGGGCGGCUGGAGCUCAAGAAUUUACCAAAAAGGGUCAACAGGUUCCUCUGCACCCCCCCAAAAAACACUUCCAGAGCAACUGAAGGUUUACAAAGGUGAUGAAGUCAGUGGAUACAAGCCCACCUCGCCGAAAAGCAGGCGGAUGUUGUACUCGGGCUCAUCCCAAAACAGCUCCUCUCGGCCCUCCUUCCCAGGAAGCUUCUUCCCGCUGGAGUCUUCUCCGAGGCAUCAGCGCAGGGCCGUCAACAUAUCUGAGCCUUUUGCCGUGUCUGUACCUCUGCGUGUGUCGGCUGUUAUCAGCUCCAACAGCACGCCGUGCAGGAGCCACGCCAAGGACAAAGCAGCUACUCUGAAACCCUUCAAGGAGAGCUCAGAGCAGAGCAGCAACAGUGGAAAGAGCAACACGUUCCCUCUGCUGGAACCAAGGAAGCAGGAAGGAAUGGAGCGGAAAAAGAAAGCCGAACCGAUAUCCAGGGUCCCUCCAAAGGAUGCAAGCAAAGAAGUGGUUAAAGAAGGUCAAAGAGGGAUGAAUACUUCUGUACUUGAAGCAGCAUCCCCGGCUAAUGCAAGGGACGGCAAAGACGCAGCGCCCUCUCCUGGGAAAGAGGACAACCAGCUGACAACCAUCCAACUGGAUAAGGGAUCUUCUACUGGGAAACAGCCGUGGACUGACCUCAAACAGGAACUGAAGAUAACUGAACCUGAGAUCGACCUGCUGGACGAGACUUUUAACCCCAUGUUCAGCUCCAAGGGCACGUUUGAGGGCACGAGGUUAACAAUGGAUGUUAAGUCAAAGCGAAGCCGCAGCUCUCCGUCUCUGUCUUUGUUAUUCAGGGAGCAGUCUUCAAAUACCUCUUUGAGUGACCGUGUAAUCGCCACCGGAGACUCCGCACAGAAACAGCCCUCAGGGUCAGACAUUUCCAUUCACAAAAACACCCAAAUCACCCCUCCUGCUGACCUCUUGGAUGAGAGAAAGAAGAAGCUACAUCUGAAAAUCACACCCUUACGCAAAGAUGACACCAAACAGGGUCGAAGUAUUUUAAAGGAAACAGAUAAAGUUGUAAAUCCUUUGACGAUAGAGGAUACUCCAGCGGUUGUAGGCUUCUUAGGAGCAGACGAUGCCAACAAGAAAUCAGAAGAAAGCAAAGCUCCUCAAGGAGAGAAACGAAUCUCCUGUGAUGGAGCAAAGAAAGAUUUGAUUCCAGAAGUGAUUCAAAGGCUGUCGGUGUGUUUGGAGGAAAAACGUAAGACUUUGGAUCUGCCAAACCUUGGCGAAAGAAGUGGGAGAAACUCCGAGGAGCUGGACUUGGUUGAGUCUUGGGAGGACUUUAGCUCCACUAAGUUAUGGGUUACCAGUCCUCUCCACUCACCGGACGUGGAGGAGUUCUUAAACCGACUAUCGCCCUUCUGCUCUGUGGGGGAAACUCACAUUUCAUCUGCUUCAGUUGAUAACAUCAAACAGUCGCUUGUUAAAAACACUGAGCACCCCUCAGGCAGCUUUCCUCUGACUACCAGUAGCAAACCAGAGACUAAAUGGACGUGUUUGCCGCCGGGGGUCAGUGUGAACGGCAGUAACACAGCACAACCUCACGCAGGAAAAGCAAAACAGAAGAACACAGUGUCAUCUCAGAGGUUGUACAGACAGAUGUCUUAUGAGGCGGAGAAAAGAGAAGAAAACAGCUAUUCUAAACACCGACCGUAUUCACUCAAUUUGGACCUUGGGAAUCGAUGCAUCAGAGACAUUUCUAAUCAGCAAAACCGUCAUUCACCAGAGUUCUCCUCAAGUCAGAGAGGACUACUGACCUCCUCUGAAUCUGUAGCCAGCAGGCUGCCCUCAGAGCUGGAGUUGUUUCUGAGUGAUCGGCAGGCUCCCCUACGCAGAAAUUCUGCCCCGGUGAGCGUGUCAUCGGUGCGAACAGCCUUCAUGAUCAAAACCUGCCAGGCCAAAGCCGUGCCCGUCGUCCCUCCAAAGGUGCAGUACAGUCAGAUACCUCCCUCCAGACAUGAGAAGGACUUUGACGAAACCAAGGAACAAAAAAAGGAAGGUCCUAAGACGACCGUAGAGAAAAGCAACGCGGCACUUGCUCCGGUGAUGUCCGAUCUCAAGGAGGGGCUGGAGAAUAAAGCGCCUGAACCCAAACACCAAAAACUCCCACUUGUUGCCGAGUCUCCGAAGGCCACAUCUACUCCAGAGCUGCCAGUCAUCAGGAGGAGACACCCGCCCAGUUUGGAAGUGUUUGUGGACUGUCCCAGACCUAACAGAGGGAACAUCCAUCAGAGGCCGUCCUUUAGGAACAGGCAGAGACCUCAGAGCCUCAUCCUGCUCAGCCCUCCUUUUCCCAUCAUGGACUAUCCUCCCUCAGGAGACGACAGCAGGCUCCUCUCGUCCAUCAAGAGCCUGGAUGAAACGUCGGCAGUGAAUGUCUUUUCGAAAGAGAUGGCGGAGAAUUUCAGGACACCGGAGGGGGUCGCCCUUCAAAACAAAAUGACUAUUCCAAAAAGUGGACAGAGACUGGAAACGUCAACCAGCUGCUUCUACCAGCCGCAGAGGAGGUCCAUGAUAUUCGACAGCAGGAGCCACAGACAGAUUGAGUGA